AUGAUGAAGCCACCAAUGUUUCAUGGUGGAAUUGAACCAUUAAAAGCCGAAGCUUGGGUUUUAGGGAUUGAAAAAUUGUUUGAAGUAUCUCCAUGUACUGAAGCUGACAAAGUACAACUAGUUGCAUUCACCUUCGAAGAUGAUGCUAGGCGUUGGUGGAUGUUAGUGCGUGAUGAAAAUAAGGAGUUUACUUGGGCUCACUUUUUAGAAAUCUUCUAUGAGAAGCACUUCCCACAAUGUGUGUGGGACAGGAAGGUGUCUGAAUUCAUGGAACUCAAGUACGAAAACAAAUUAGUUGCUGAGUAUGAAGCCCAGUUUACAAAUUUGGCUCCCUUUACACCCCACAUGGUAGAUACAGGCUACAAGAAAACUAGACAAUCUGAGGGAGGCUUGCAUGACCCAAUCCUUGAUAAAAUCAAUGUACUCAAAUUACCAACAUAUAUAGAUGUACUUGAUAGGGCACUGGUAGCAGAAGGUAAUGUGGCUAAUCGCAAACAGAAGUUUGAGUGGAUGGGCAGAAUAUAG